ACGCCAUGGAACCCUGGGUUGCGAACAUGUAGGAUUGCCAAGCAAAAAAUAAAUCUCCGAAGAGAUGCCACAGCCUCAUCAGCCCUCGCCUUCAGCCUUGCCACAUGUUUGGAGUACCUACUCCACAAACACGAAUUGGCAAAGGGUUUACUUUCUCCGCGAUGGUAUCGAAGGCGCACCCGCAAUUUGAGUGAACUCCCACCAACAUUGAAGGCAUCGCUCCCUUCCCCGCCCUUCUCUAAAGGGAGCUCGUCUCCGUUGUUGAAGCUAUUACAAUGACAGUGACAAAACUCUCGUCCUAGAACCUCAUGCACAAGAGCACAAAAUGGUCCGGAUUAAACACCGCUACCUGCUCUUCAACAUCCUCUAUCCGUCCCCUCCCCCAUCGUCCUCCACCACGCCCGCAGCACCCUCGGCACCAUUCGCCGGACCAGCCUCGACAACGAAACAAGCAUCCGCAGCAACAACAACACCGCCCUACAUCCUCUUCCUCCGCCCGUCGCCGGGCUACCUCACCCCGGCUCUGCUGGUGACGCACCUGCGCAGCCAGAUCCAGACGCUGUUCGGCGACCACGGCGCCUCCGUGACGCAGUCGGCGCUGCGGCUCGUCUACUUCUCGCCCGCGACCUCGACGGGGAUCCUGCGCGUGCCCCGCGCGCACUUCCGCCUGGUCUGGGCAAGCCUGACAUUCCUCACAGGCAUACCCCCUCCGCCUUCUCAUCGGUCUGUCGGCGGCGGUGGGACGGGAGGGAGAAGAGGAGGAGUAGGUGGAGGAGCUGAUGCUGCAAUGCGUCCGGAACUGGCUUGUGUGGUCCGUGUGGUUCGAGUGAGUGGCACGAUCAGGAAGAGCGAGGAGGAGCUUCUCAGAAAGGCCAGGAGGGACGUUGUCCGGGCCAAGCUACAGGGCCGAAGCGCAGGUGAAGAAGCCGAUGAUACGGUUCUGGAGGGACUCUUUGCUGGCGGGAACGGAAAGGGGCUGUUGAAGGGAAAAGAGAGGGUCGGUGCUGCCGGACUUGUGGGGGGAGACGAAGAAAGCAUUGUGGAUUUUGACGAGGAGGAUGAGGAGGACUUUGAAAACGAUUCUGGUUGAGGAAAAGAGUUCCUCGUUGAAGAAACAUUGGCUAUCUAACGAUACAGCGGAGCACCUCAUCGAGCAAUCGACGUCUGCAGAGACCGUCAAAUCGUGAAGUGAUGCAGAGAUCCAGAACACCACACGACGGCACCUUUCCCGCGACAAUCCAGGUUGUCCGGGCUCCCUCAUCAUGGCUGUUGUGUCUGCCAUAGCUCUCGCCGCAACCGCAGCAGCCGGCCGACUACAUUGCACCCGGCAAUGCCCACUGGAGGGCAGAGUCGAGUCGGUAUCAUCCUUCUGAGCGGGAGCAUACGCCCGGAAUAUCAUGAAGGCUUCUUCCCACUCCGCACGACUUUUACACCACCAUCCUUGAGCGGCGGCCCUCCCUGACAGCGACCUGCCAGACGGAAUCAUUCGCGCCCUCGGCGCCGCCAAACGCAUACCCGCCCGCCCUGUCGAUCGUGUGCAACAAGCUCAUCAUGCUCUUUUUGUCCUCGACCGCCAACGUCUCGAAGCCCACCAAUCCAUAUUCUUCGACGAGUUGGACGAUCGCCUCGUUCAGCGCCUGGAACUUGCCACCUUGUUUGAACAUUGGCGACUCCUCCUCGAGGUAAGGGAGCAGGUACGACAGGUCCUGGACCUCGGUGUAGAAGUCCAGGUUAAAGGGCAACGGGGGGUAUUUGCUGAGAUUGUCGAUCUUUGUGAGGACGUUGAUGUGGGUAAAGUCGAGCUGCAGCAUGCUCCGUAGCGACAGCAGGAGGGUGGAGAUGUAAAGCGAGGGCAAAGUAAGGGCGUACGAGUCGAUCAGGUUGACCACCACGAGCUGUUUACCCAAACAAUGAAAUCACUUUUCGUCAGCCCAGAUUCUUCGCUUUCCUUACAGACUAUCGACAAGUGGGGACGGAUCAUAUCGUUGGAGGGGGAGAGUGUCAGGGAAAGAAGGGGUGGAGGGCCAAAACACACACACGAUAUCCGACCUUCUCC